AUGUCUACAAGUUCUAAUGGGCUGACGAUGGGGAGUUGGCACUCCCAGCUCCAGGAGGUGGGAAAGCUCAGUUCUAGCGAAAGAACUGAACUUUUGGACCGGAUCUCUGACGACAUGGUUCAAACACUGAGCACUAUUUCAAGGCAUGUCCAAGCCAGGAUCCUGACAGAGGAAAACACCCUGAAGAUCUCCAAAGUCACCGAAAUCAUUGCCAAAACCAGAGCCCCCAAGCGAGGAACCCUUUUGAAGAAAAUGGAACACGAGAUCGAGGAGCUGGAGGAUAAAGUGGCUUGGCUUGAGGAGCAACUUUGCGAACAAGAGGACAGACGAGACGCCCGGGAGAGGACUUUGGGAGACGAAAUUUCACGGCUUGAACUGCAAUCUCGCAAGCAAAAGACCCGAGUCAAGAAGCUGAAAGAUGAAAAUACGUGGCUUAAGGUGGAGUUUCGCAAACUGGCACGCAAUACCGAUAUAUUGGGGAAUAUGAGUGUCAUGUGUAAACGGGUCCUAUCACGCGAGAUCCGUGAACUCCGCGAGAAGGUCCACCACGGUCGUCUUGGUGAGAACGAUCAUCCAGGACAGGUUUGCAAGAAUCUACAUCCGGAAGACACUGCAGAAACAGCUAUUCAGGAUACCUUGGUGAGGACUACGAUCCACUCCAGGAAUUGUCUGGCGACUACAUCUGAAGCCGAGACAUCAUGCUACGUUGAGCCAUGA